AUGAUACCCUCGAACGUUCCGAGACUUCCAAACGAGCUCUGGAUCAACAUCGUCAAGCAGGUCCCAAGAGCUGAUCUCCCAAAUCUCUCCCGUACCUCAAAGCAACUUCAUGAAGUGACAGAGGAGCUCCUUUACAGCGAGUUUGAGACGGCUCGUCGUACUCCACGAUAUGGAACGACCCCGUCUUUCAAGAAAGUCUUCACACGAUUUCUGCGUACCAUUCUCGAGAGACCAAGUCUGGCGAAGCUUGUCAAGCAUGUUACCAUCCGCUUUCCGAUGGACCUUCGCAAAGGCUUACCUACGGGCUCUGACAUGUCCUUUAUCACAUCGGACCAAAAAUCUUGGCUGCGACAUGAGAUGCGCGCUAUCGACGCGGGCACCUGGGAAACAGCCUUUUACGGUCAUAAUCCCCUGGAUUGGUUUGACGCUGCCGUUGCUUUCUUGAUCCAUCUGUUCUCUAGAAGUGUCGAAUCUGUUACCCUCCUCAACCAGCGUCUGUCCCGGUAUCAUCACACAAAUGCAGUUCUACGAAGAGCUGCCAUACUUCAGAAGCAGAUGGUUGAAGGUGCCGCGUUGUCUCAUUUGAGAUCGGUCCGCAUUUGGAGCUGUAAGAGCCUCUCAGAGCCGAGCGUGAAUAUCAUCGUACCGUUUCUGCGUCUAGACUCUGUGAAAGAACUUGUGUGCCACAAGACUCAGGGUAGCUUAGCUUCACCAGCAUUGAGCGCUCCUUCACAGCCGUGGAGCUCGCUCUCUGACAUUCAAUCUAUUGAGUUCAGAAAUAAUCAAAAUUCAAUAGUGGAACUGGCAGCUUUGUUCCGAUCAUUCAAGGCGCUGAAGCGGCUUGGGUGGGUUGACCGAGCUGAAGAUAUUAGCGAGCUAUUGAGUAUAAUUAGUGUUAAUACGAGACUUCAAGCCAAUCUUGAGGAACUCAUUUUCGAUCAACGGGAAGAAUUCUGUUGGUUCGAACCACUUCCUGUUUAUAACUUGAGCCGGCUCACAGCAUUGAAGAUCCUUGCGAUCGAUUACAUGUCCUGGACCCCCCAAGAUUUGUGUGGACCAACCACUCGGACAAUUGAAGUCUUCGUUGCAUCUCUACCAUCGUCAUUGGAGCGCCUAAAGAUUUCAAGAUGCCGAGGAGGCUAUGCUCUUUAUGGAGUUGAACAUAUUGUCAGCUACAAAAAGACGACACUUCCUAAUCUCAAGCAACUCACGUUCGGCUUCGACGAUGCAGACUGGUGCUCGGCUACUUCACAAAUGCUGGUAGAUAGUGCCUCGAGAUGUUCCAGGGAGUUGGGAAUCACGUUCUCAGCCGUCUAUGAGAAGAUUGGCCGUGUAGGAAGUCGCGGAGAGCCGUGA